CUCCGCCACGACGCCCAGUUUUUCAACAUGACGAAGCGCGGCGUCGAAUUCCCAGCCUUCCUGAAGAUGGACCAUGUCAACGGGGACUACCUGAUACAUAUCUACUGCCGCGACGGUGCGGUGCAACGUUCAAAUGUCCGCUCAGGCGUGACCGCCAUGCGCCUCGUCAAGAUAUCCUCUGGGUUCGCUCGGCUUCUAGAUCCGCAAACUCCCGAAACUAUCGACUCCUAA